UGUUGACCUGUGCAACAUGAGCUCUCCGGAUAGAGACCGCGACGGUAGAGACCGCGACCGGGACCGCCGGGAUCGCGAGGACGUCCGACCUGUGCGAAGCCGUUCAGCUUCACCGCGUCGCUCUCCACGGCGUUCACCGAGGCGCAGUCACAGCCGGUCGCCAGUCAGGCGGGAUGCGCGGUCUCCGCCAAGGCGGUCACGCAGCCGUGAUCGAGACUACCGUCGCCGUAGCCGCAGCCGGAGUAGGGAUCGUGACACCAAAUACCGGAGCAGGUCACGCAGCAGGGACCGCCGGAGGUCCAGGUCCAGGUCCCGCGAUCGACGAGGCGGGUCACGGUCGCCUGUGCGGUAUGGGCUGCCUCCCAUAGGCCGCACGCCACCGCGUGUCGGCACCCAGCUGUUCGUGGCGGGGAUCAACUUCAUUAUUAACGAGCGGGACCUUGAGCACAAGUUUUCGCGGUACGGCAAGGUGAAGGAGGCCCGAGUUGUACGGCAUCCCAUGUCGGGCGAGUCCCGGGGCUUUGCUUUCGUGGUCAUGACGACUGAAUCGGAGGCGGAGGAUGCUGUGCGCGACAUGAACGGUCGCGAUUGGAACGGCCGCCGUCUGCUUGUGGAGAUUGCCCGGAACCCGCGUUGAAGACUGGCUUCACACCCGCAUGCCUGGGCCGAGCGCACGCGUGUCGUCGCGCUCCUUGGUUCCCUUUUACAGGGGGACUGUUGAAGAUACAUUCGUGAGCCCGCAUGCAGGGCGAGGGCGCCGUUCUCUGCGAUGCAUGCACAGCUGCUGCAGCGGCAGGGCGAGGCGCUGUGCAGGUUGCGGCCAAGCCCUCGUGCAUGCCGCAUGGCCCUCGUGCUGGGGACCUGGCGCUAUCGUAGUGCUGCGACCGGCACACAGUCGUGCAUGAGCAUCGCUAGGCGGACUCAACCUGCCAGGAUUGCGGCUCCGUAUCGAAAUCUAAUGCCGUACCAUGUCGCACAUGGAGGUGGGUGCACGGGCCAUGGUUGUGUGUGCUUGCGUUGUUGUGCCCCAGCAAUGGGGUCUUGCGUCGGGUAGUAGGCGGACUAAGCUGUCCUGGAGGCGUUGCAAUCGGCGUUAGCCGGGGGGUUACUGAUGUCCGCCACACUAACAGGCGACUGUUGCCCAGUCCUAGUAUCGAAGACACCGGUCAUUACUAGGUUGUUCGCUAGCUGCGGGAUGGGGAUGCGGUCGGUGCUAGAGAUUGAGUGGGAUGGCAGGAUGGAAUGCCUGGCUAGUACGCUCUGAUUCCUGGUGGCCCGGUCCCGACACUUGUGGAUGACGCUGACUGUUCCCAACAGCGUUGUUUGGCGACGGCGGGAUUACCUAUGCGCCAAUCAAUGGACCUUCCGUACCCGAAGAGUACCUGUACCGUCGUACAUGGGCUUACCACCGUACCGGAAGUUGGAGUAGGCGUGAAGAAGCGGCUUGACUUCCUGCACGCGCUCAACUGGCGCCGCGUGGACUGAGGGACGAGCUGGGAACGUUCUCCCACACACUGCCGCUCCGAUGUACCCCAUCUGCCGAACUCACGUACCCCAUGUACCAUGUACCGCAACUGCUGAGCGAAGUACGUCACUGUUCCACAAGUUCCCUCCGUACCACCAGCAGCACCGUCCGAGUUCUGAAAGCUGAUCCCGUGCAUGUUGUUGAAGACCGCGCGGCAGUUCAUUGCACGGCAGAAAUGCGGAUCCCGACAAGUUUCAGCCUUGGUAGGCGCCUAGGUGCGGCGUGCUUUGUAAGGGCUGUGUAAACGGCGCAUUCAAUACCCACAGCUUGUUCGGACACGCGGUUCAUGUACGGCUAUUGUGUGGCUGAACUUUGUCCAUUUGCUCCUCCCGAUAGCAUUUCGAUGCUACAUGGGAUAUAUACCAGUACGGUGCCCAGGGCACCUGAGCUGGUUCACGGCAAUACAUGUAAGGCGUCAGUGUGGGUCCAUUCGGGGCAAGCUGCAAAGAUGGUGGG